ACUUGCCUUCGGUCUGUGAUCGGAACCAGCUGCCCCCUCUCGAGCCCCCUGAGACGCUGUCGCUCCAGGACCAGGGACCCCCGGGUGACGAGGUGACAGUCCUCACAUCGUAGUCCAGACCAGAAGCCGCAGGAUGGGGUGCACUGCACUGAUGGGCGUCGGGCAGCAGAUGCUUCGGAGGAAGGUGGUGGACUGCAGCCGCGAGGAGAGCCGGCUGUCGCGAUGCCUGAACACGUUCGACCUGGUGGCGCUGGGCGUGGGCAGCACGCUGGGGGCCGGCGUGUACGUACUGGCUGGGGCCGUGGCGCGGGAGGACGCGGGCCCCGCCAUCGUCAUCUCCUUCCUCAUCGCCGCCCUGGCCUCCGUGCUGGCCGGCCUCUGCUACGGCGAGUUUGGCGCGCGGGUCCCCAAGACGGGCUCGGCCUACCUGUACAGCUACGUCACUGUGGGCGAGCUCUGGGCCUUCAUCACCGGCUGGAACCUCAUCCUGUCCUACAUCAUCGGUACCUCAAGCGUAGCGCGGGCCUGGAGCGCAACGUUUGACGAGCUGAUUGGGAAGCCCAUUGGGGAGUUCUCGCGGACGCACAUGGCCCUGCAUGCGCCCGGGGUGCUGGCCGAGAACCCAGACAUAUUCGCUGUGAUCAUCAUCCUCAUUCUCACAGGACUUUUAACUCUGGGUGUGAAAGAGUCCGCCAUGGUCAACAAAAUAUUCACGUGUGUCAACGUUCUGGUGCUGGGCUUCAUCAUGGUGUCGGGGUUUGUGAAAGGAUCAAUUAAAAACUGGCAGCUCACGGAGGAGGACUUCCGGAACACGUCGGGUCACCUCUGCCUGAACAAUGGCACGAAGGAAGGGAAACCUGGUGUCGGUGGGUUCAUGCCCUUCGGGUUCCCCGGCGUGCUGUCAGGGGCAGCGACCUGCUUCUACGCCUUCGUGGGCUUUGACUGCAUCGCCACCACAGGGGAGGAGGUGAAGAACCCGCAGAAGGCCAUCCCUGUGGGCAUCGUUGCUUCCCUGCUCAUCUGCUUCAUCGCCUACUUCGGGGUGUCGGCCGCCCUCACCCUCAUGAUGCCUUACUUCUGCCUGGACAAGAACAGCCCCCUGCCGGACGCCUUCAAGCACGUGGGCUGGGAGGGUGCCAAGUAUGCAGUGGCCGUUGGCUCCCUCUGUGCCCUGUCCACCAGUCUUUUAGGUUCCAUGUUUCCCAUGCCUCGAGUUAUCUAUGCCAUGGCUGAAGAUGGGCUGCUGUUUAAAUUUUUGGCCAAAAUCAACGACAGGACCAAAACGCCAAUAAUCGCCACCCUAACCUCGGGUGCCAUUGCCGCGGUGAUGGCCUUCCUCUUCGACCUGAAGGACCUGGUGGACCUCAUGUCCAUCGGCACUCUCCUGGCUUACUCUCUCGUGGCUGCCUGCGUCUUGGUCUUGCGGUAUCAGCCCGAGCAGCCCAACAUGGUAUACCAGAUGGCCAGGACUAGCGAUGAGCUCGAACCAGUUGACCAGAAUGAGUUGGUGAGCAGCAGCGAUUCUCAGACGGGCUUUUUACCGGAAACAGAGAGGCUUUCUUUGAAAACUGUACUCUCACCAAAAAAUACAGAGCCUUCCAAAUUCUCCGGGCUAAUCGUGAACAUCUCAACCAGCCUCCUAGCACUUCUGGUCAUCACCUUCUGCAUGGCAGCUGUGCUUGGCAAGGACGCCCUGGUGAAGGGGGAGUUGUGGGCAGUCUUUCUACUCAUGGGCUCUGCCUUCCUCUGCUCCGUGGUCACGGCCAUCAUCUGGCGGCAGCCCGAGAGCAAGACCAAGCUCUCAUUCAAGGUGCCCUUCUUGCCGGUCCUUCCCGUCCUGAGCAUCUUCGUGAACGUCUAUCUCAUGAUGCAGCUGGACCAGGGCACGUGGGUCCGGUUUGCUGUGUGGAUGCUGAUCGGCUUCUUCAUCUACUUCGGCUACGGUCUCUGGCACAGCGAGGAGGCGACCCUGGCCGCCGACCCCACAAGGACUCCUGACGGUCACUUGGAUCAUUGCAAGUGACGCAUGGUCCUGCCCCCGAGAGACCCCCGCAGCACCUCGCACCACCACCCCACCCAGCCCGCGUGCCCGGAGCCCAGCGCAGCCCACGUGCGGCCCGCGGCCCCGACCCCCUGCCAGCUCUUGGUGGGGCCACGUGGCCGGGGCUGGGACUGGCCACCGCCUGCCUCCGAGCCUCCUCCCAGACAAGGACGGCAGCCCCUCUCCUCGCCCGUCCGGCACCCCGGCUGCCACGGCCUUGGGCAGAAUGGAGGUCACCUCGGGAGCCCAGGCCUCUAUCCCGGGGGCGCCUUGUCGGGUCCCGUCCCCGCCUUGGCCCAGCCCCAGACAGCCGCCCCGGUGCUGGGUGUCUGUCCCUUGGCUGUGCCCAUGCCCUGGCCCAGCAGUUUAGUUUACUGAGAGAGGAAGACCAGACCAUCUCCUCCUGCUCUGCCCUCUGAGCUGCCUCCGGAGGGUCGCCGGACUGUGACCGCCCCCUCCCUCCAGGCAGGGGCCUUGGCCCGCACUCUGCACACUCCUGCCAGGGGACCAGGCUCCCCCCCGCCAGCCUCCUGCAGCCACCGGCCCUCCAGCAGGUCCCCGCUGCUGCUUUGGCCGAGUCCUGAGUAACUGGAACGUGACACUAUUUCUGUAGGACCUGCCUCAAAAGAGCGGAGCUUAGCUGAGCGCUCCCCCUGGUCCCAGCUCCUCGCGGGGUCCUGCCCCCUCUGCUGCUCAUGGGUCUCAAGGUUCCCCAGGCCAGUGUCUGCUCGUCCUGAGUGACGCACGGCCCCCCCUUGCCCCCCAGCUGCCUCUGGCCCCUUGUGCGUCUGAUCGUCACACAGAGUCCUCCUGUCCUUGGCUGUGAGUCGCCAUGCAAUCCAGCCGGCGAUGAUGGUGAUGUGGAAAAUGGCCGAGUCGUUCCCUGAAUUGUUCAGGGUGUGGGGGUCUGCCCGCGGCGGGGCAGUGUGGGGUCCUGUGCUGUCCCGCUCGUGUGCUCUGUGAGUGUCGUUGGAUGCCGCGGGGACCCUUGCCUUCGUAAUGACCGCGUGUCCUUGUGCACAUGGCGCGCCCUGCCAAGGCCCCAGGGACACUCCUUGCAGGUGGGCCGUGCCUUCCUUCCCAAGAGUGGAGUUGGGGGAUGGAAGGGCCUGCUUUGGUAGGAGGUGAGGGGGCUGGCAUUUCUGACUCCACACAAAAUGUAAAUGCUGCUUGUGAAGCUUAGCUCCCAUUAUCUUCCCCCUCUGCCCUUUGACACAAAUCUGGUAGAAAGAAGCCUGAUAAACUGAUGGCUCUUGGCUUUUCUCCCUCUGCCCCAGAAAGUUCUUGGAGGAAAAAAAAAAA